AUGCUCAUUUCUGCGGGACGACAAGCACUCGAUGACUUUAGUCCUAUCUGGUUUGUUACGGUGAUGGGCACUGGGAUUUCGUCCAAUAUUCUUCAUUCGUUUCCUUACAGUGCAAGAUGGCUAAAAAUCUGUUCUUAUAUCAUGUUUUGCCUGGCGAGCCUUUUAUUUCUGUCGCUUUUAGGCAUACUUGCGAGCGUCGUUAUUAGACGUACACGACAUGAUGGCCUGCGUAGCUUUGCUAGGCUAUACUUUUUCGACGAGACCAUUAGCGUUACAUGGGGUACUUUGGUCAUGGGAUACAUCACCAUCAACAACUAUAUCUUCCAAUUGGUCGAAAACGAAUUGAAAGACCAAAAGUCCGUGACACACGGACUUGUCAUUUUCGUCUACGUGCAAUGGUGGAUAACAGUAAUGCUAUCCUUGGGAUCGGCAUGGGGCAUCACCUUUUGCAUUUGGCUUAAAAACAGUCGAUAUUGGGACUGUACGGAUCCCAUGCCUCAUCACCGAAAUAUGCAGCAUCGACUGCAAAGCACUUUGCUGCUCCCUAUCGUAACACUCGUCGUUGUUGCAUCUAGCAGCGGUAUAUUCACGAUGUCCAAACAGUUCGUGGAGCACACCAGCCGCAACGUACAGUUGCUUACACUUGGUGUCACUGCUUUGAUUUGGUUCAACGCUCUACUACUGGUUGUCCUGGUUGCGAGCACUUAUAUUUGGAACCUGUACGUGAACAAGAUCCCGCCAAUAGGUAUGAUUUUCUCCAUGUUUUUGGUUGUGGGCCCCAUGGGACAGGGCUCAUAUGGGAUUCUACUGUUCACCAAUAAUAUUAAACAGUACAUUGAGCUCUACUAUCCGCUCUCCGUUGCAGAUGGUGAAGCCUAUCUUGUGUCCAUGGUCGUCAAAUGGUCUUUCAAGGUCUGUGGAAUUGUGUUGGCCCUGUUAUUGAUCGCGAACGGAAUCUUUUUCACGUUUGUGGCGUUUGCCGCGAUCGUUUCCUAUGGCUACACACUACGAAAUUCACAUACAGGCCCAAAAAUCUCUACUUUCCACAAGGGAUGGUGGGCUAUGACAUUUCCUUUGGGGACAAUGGCUUUGGGAACAAAAGAGCUGUACGAGCAGUACGACCCGUAUGUCCCCAUUUCUGCAUUCCGUGUGGUGAGUACGAUUUAUUCUAUUCUAUGUGUGGCAUCUACUUUAGUAUGUCUGGUAGGCUCUAUUUGGUCUUAUCGUAACACGCUUCUGGCGUCCAUAUUAUCGUCACGCAAAAGCUCGCCACAACUUUCUUCAGCUCGCACAUCUGACUUCAACCAAAAGUCAUUGCAAGACGCAGAAAUGGGUAUCGUUUCUCCCGUGAAAUCUACAAUUCACCCACAGAUGGUAGAUCACACUUCCCAGCAGAGUUAA